CCUGCACAGCGAGUGCUGGAGCACUAGCUGCCGCUAGCUCGGUCAGGGCGCCCCCUCCGCCCGCCUCCCGCUUCCUCCUCCGCUGCCUGCCGCCGCCGCCUCCUCCUCCUCCACCAUUGUAUAAUGCUCCGAGCGCGCAGGCAGAGGACGGCGGAGUCUUAGCUUCGGUCUCGCCUCCAGCCCGCUCCUCGGAGCCACCCUCGGGCCCCCGGAGCGGGGGAUUCCGCAUGGAGCGGGAGUAGCUUGAGGAGUGGGCAGAAACCCCUCCUGAUGUGUUAGUUCCCAGGUGGAGCUGCAUGUGAUAUAUGUUGGGGAAAGGAGGAAAACGGAAGUUUGACGAGCAUGAAGAUGGGCUGGAAGGCAAAAUCGUGUCCCCCUCCGACGGUCCGUCCAAGGUGUCUUACACCUUACAGCGCCAGACUAUCUUCAACAUUUCCCUUAUGAAACUCUACAACCACAGGCCCCUCACAGAGCCCAGCUUGCAAAAGACCGUGCUCAUCAACAACAUGUUGAGGCGGAUCCAGGAGGAGCUGAAGCAGGAGGGCAGCCUGAGGCCCGCGUUCCCCGCCUCUUCGCCGCCCGCCGACCCGCUGGGCUCCAGCUACCGGGAGGCGCCGUCAGCCUUCAGCCACCCCGCGCCCGCGCCCUGCGAGCUGGGCGGCGCUGCGCCCCUGGAGGCCUGCCUCACCCCCGCCUCACUGCUCGAGGACGACCAGGACACGUUUUGCACUUCCCCGGCCGCGCAGCCUGCGGCCCCCGCCAGACUCGCACCUCCUGCCCUCCCGCCGGAAAAGGACAGCUUCUCCUCCGCCCUGGACGAGAUCGAGGAGCUCUGUCCCACAUCUACCUCCACGGAGGCCGCGGAGGCCACCACCGACGACCCGAAAGGGGACUCCGGCGGGCCCGGCGCGCAGAGACCCGAGGGGAUCCAGGACGGCCGGCCCGACGACCCGAAACUGAUGGACUCCCUGCCCGGCAACUUUGAGAUCACCACGUCCACGGGCUUCCUGACAGACUUGACCCUGGACGACAUCCUGUUUGCCGACAUUGACACGUCCAUGUACGACUUUGACCCCUGCACGUCCGCAUCGGGGACAUCCUCAAAAAUGUCCCCCGUGUCGGCCGACGACCUCCUCAAGACGCUGGCCCCCUACAGCAGCCAGCCCGUCGCCCCGAGCCAGCCUUUCAAGAUGGACCUCACGGAGCUGGACCACAUCAUGGAGGUGCUGGUCGGGUCCUGAGCCCCGGGGCCUGUCGCCUGCACCCCGCACCCCGACAGCUCUCCGCACUGUGCAUGUACCCUUGCUUGCCUUUUUCUGAGAAAAAGAACAUUCUACAAAAGGAUCACACUAGUUUUUGCUUUGAGCAGAGUUGGAGUGCCUUCAUCCAAGUAUGACCACUUUUAAUAUGCUUUUUUGAGUGGUUCCUCAGAGACCUAGUACCCGGGAAUAGGAAAGAAUACAUUUGAAGACAAUGUCGCUAUGUGGAAUGACAAAAAUAAACAGUUCAAGUGAAGCACAAGGAAUAAGUUGGAAAAGCUGUAAAUUGCAUGUGCAUAUUUGUCUAUUUUUUCUAUAAGUUUUAUUGCAAGAGGUAAAAAAAGAAAAUAUAUAUAUAUAUUAUUUAGAUAAUCUCAGUACCUUUUCCGGCAUUUUUGCCCUGUAUAGGUUGACUUGGCAAUUCAGCCUUUUUAGAGGCAUUAACUACUCCUUGUAAGUGUUGCAUUUACAUGGCUGUUUAGAAACUGCUGCCCAAAUUUAUUUUAUAUUUUUGUACAGAUUCCGCAGUUUAUGAUAUUGUUUUUCUAAAAACAAAUGCUGUUUAUACAUAUGAGAUAGCUAUUUUGAUAGGAUUUGCUCACAUAGUUCCUGCAAACUUCAGAUGUACAAGUUGCACUUGUACUUUUAUAGAGUUGUAAUGUUUUAUAUGUGUUUGGUGCAAAGAGAAAAUUGGAUCAAAUCAAUCCGCAGUUGAUGUCCCCAGAUGCGCGCGCGCGCGCGCACACACUCACACGCACACGCACACACGCAGCGCUUUAAGAAGGGCCAGGAGAUAUCACACCCAAAUUUCACAAGCACCGACCCCCUGGCAUGAACACCCGCCAGCACUGUGACUUCCAAAGCCAGAGCCACGUCUGCUCAUCAAACUUGCAUUAAGCAGUUGGCGGGAGGUGGCCAUGGAGCUCGGGGUUUAAGUGAUGGUUCUCUUUAGCUCUCUCUCUCUGGAGGGGAAGGCUACCAAGUACUCAUUGUAUUUAUGCCAAGUCUGCGCUUUUAAUUGUUUUUAUUUUUUUAAACAAAACCCCAGAUCUUUCCCUUUUUGGCAUAAUUUUUAUGAAGACCUGAAAUUUUACACACGAACAAAAUUUUAUGAAAAGCAACUGACCUCUUCAUGGAACUAAACCCUGUUGCGAUGCUUAGGGCUCGUCAAGAAGGAACUCUCCCCCAGAAGGCAUCCAUCAUGUCGCUCUGUUGUCUUUUCCUGCUUCCCUUCCUUAGAGCUUUCUUUCCCUCUGUUGCUAAGUGCUGAAAAUGGCAUCUUCACGAUCACCACAGUGAGCCCAGCUCUCCUCGGCCCAGCCUAGGAUGCACUCUUGUAACACGCAUGGCUCCUGAACCUGGAGUUGGUCCCAUUACGUCACGGCCUCCGAUCUGGUUGCUUUCUUAAAUCAACUGCUUUAACUACACUUUACAAGGCUGUUUUACCCAAAUACACAGAUAGGACUUUCUAUGCAUGUUCCCCUCCUCCCCCAUUGCCAUCCUCUCUCUGCCAGGAGAACUUGAGAACUAGCUUUUUAUUCCUAGCGGUGUACAUUUAAUUUUAAAACGUUUGCAAUGUAUCAUGCUUGUUGCCGAAAUUGUUAAUGGCCUUUCCGUUUCAGUUUUUUCUUUCUUCCAAUGGUACUUUAGCUGGUUACAACCUAUAUUGUUGAAAUGCAGGUGGCUUCUUUAGGAAUAACUUUUAUAUUUAUUUAAGAAUUUUUAAAUUAUGGGAUUUGUGUUGUUGUUGUUGUCUUUGUUGUUGGUCAUUUGUCAAUAUUCAGUCACCAAUUCUGCUCACUUCUUGCCAUGGAUAAAAUUGAGUCUUUCUGGCCAAUUAAAAAAGACAGCUUUAUAAAAUGGCACUUUAAACAAGCCAUAGAUAGUUUUAUUUUUAUAAUACACAUGGCAAAGCAAAUACAUUUUGAUGAAGGAACUGCUCAUCUAAGCAAAAGAUUCGUGUAUGAUAUGAUUAAAUCUUUCUAUGUUCUGAUUUACUCCCCCCCCCCCCGCCCCGCCCCUCCCCCCCAACUUGAAUGCGUUUUUAAAGGCUAAUUAUCAACUCAGACGAGCAGUGAGAAACCGAUCAAACUGCACUGUUCUCCAGCAAGCA